AUGAAACCCUCCAAGGCCUCCCAGCGCUAUAGAAGCAACCGGCGAAAUGCCAGCCAGAGCUACUUCUACCAGGAUUCCCUGCGGUUCAGCAACUCAGAUGACAGCUUUAAUGCCGAUGAGGCAGGGGACAGCAAUGACCCAGAACAAAUCUUCCAGAACAUACAGUUCCAGAAAGAUCUCAUGGCAAAUAUCCGAUGCAGACCCUGGCCCAUGGGGCAGAAGCUGAGGGUGCUGAGACGAGCAAAGGAGGUUGUACUGAAGUUUGAAGGACGGCUGACCAGAACUCGAGGUUACCAAGCAGCAGGUGCAGAGCUCUGGAGGAAGCUUGCUCGUCUCGCCUGUAACUUCGUGGUCAUCUUCAUCCCCUGGGAAAUGAGGAUAAAGAAAAUCGAGAGUCAUUUUGGGUCUGGUGUGGCCUCUUACUUCAUAUUCUUGAGGUGGUUGUUUGGAAUUAACAUUGUACUCACCAUAAUGACAGGUGCUUUUAUUGUCAUUCCAGAGUUGAUUGCCGGCCAGCCUUUUGGAAGCACUGCCAGCAAGACUAUCCCCAAGGAGCAUGUGGCAUCAGCCCAAGACCUGGACACCGUCUGGUCCCUGGGGGGCUACCUCCAGUACUCAGUGCUCUUCUACGGCUAUUACGGCAGGGAGAGGCGGAUCGGGAGGGCUGGCUACCGGCUGCCCUUGGCCUACUUCCUGGUCGGGAUGGCAGUGUUUGCUUACAGCUUUAUCAUUCUUCUAAAAAAGAUGGCAAAGAACUCCCGCAUGAGCCUUGCCAGUGCUUCCAAUGAGAACUAUACUUUCUGCUGGCGCGUGUUUUGUGCCUGGGAUUACCUCAUUGGAAACCCAGAGGCUGCUGAGAGCAAAACAGCAGCCAUUGUGAACAGCAUCAGGGAGGCUAUCCUGGAAGAACAGGAAAAGAAGAAAAACAAAAACCUAGCAGUGACCAUCUGUCUGAGGAUCAUUGCCAACAUCUUGGUUCUUCUCUCUCUUGCUGGGAGCAUCUAUCUUAUCUACUUUGUGGUGGACCGGUCCCAGAAGCUGGAGCAGUCCAAGAAAGAGCUGACACUUUGGGAAAAGAAUGAGGUGAGCGUGGUGGUCUCCCUCGUCACCAUGUUAGCACCAUCAGCCUUUGACCUCAUCGCCGCCUUGGAGAUGUACCACCCACGAACCACACUGCGCUUUCAGCUAGCAAGGGUCCUUGUGCUGUAUCUGGGAAAUCUCUACAGCUUGAUCAUUGCUCUGCUGGACAAAGUUAACAGUAUGAAUAUCGAGGAAGCUGCUCAAAAAAACAACACACAUCGUUGGGUGGACACCACUACAUUCUUUGCCACCAGGACGGCUCUGGAAGGGAAAUGGUCCACCCCUCGGCCUGGGUUAGGGCUCCAGAGAAACAGCACCUGGGUCUUGGAAGAGGCUGGUGCCCCAACUCUCGUCAUGCCCCUCACAGAGGCCAACAGGACCACCCUCCACACACAGAGCGUACAGGACCAGUGCUGGGAGACAUACGUUGGGCAGGAGAUGCUGAAGCUGUCCAUCAUUGACAUGCUCUUCACCGUGGCCAGCAUUCUGCUCAUAGACUUCUUCCGAGGACUCGUCGUUCGCUAUUUAAGUGACUACUGGUGCUGGGACCUGGAAAGCACUUUUCCAGAAUAUGGGGAAUUCAAGAUAGCAGAGAAUGUGCUGCAUUUAGUCUACAACCAAGGGAUGAUUUGGAUGGGGGCCUUCUUCUCCCCAUGUCUUCCAGCAUUCAACGUUCUCAAACUGAUUGGACUCAUGUACCUGCGGAGCUGGGCUGUGCUGACCUGCAAUGUGCCCCACCAGCAAGUAUUCCGUGCAUCCAGAUCCAACAACUUCUACCUGUCAAUGCUCCUGUUCAUGCUAUUCCUCUGCAUGCUGCCCACCAUUUUUGCUAUUGUCCGGUACAAGCCAUCUGUAAAUUGUGGGCCAUUCAGCGGACAAGAAAAGAUUUAUGACAUCGUGUCGGAAACCAUUGAGAGCGACUUCCCCACAUGGUUCGGCACCGUGGUUGGCUACAUCAGCAGCCCCGUGGUGAUCCUGCCGGCCGUGCUGCUGCUUUUUAUGCUGAUUUAUUACCUGCAGAGCAUCGCGAGAUCGCUAAAGCUCAGUAAUCAUCAGCUCAAGAUGCAGAUCCAAAACGCAAGAUCUGAAGAUAAGAAAAAGGUUGCCCAAAUGGUAGAAGCCCGAAUCCAGACCCAGGAGGGAAGCACCAAGAGGCUUCCCAAGGACAGCGACAUCGACAUUGUCAGUCACCCAUCCUCCGCUCGCUCAAUCACGCCUCAGAAUAACGGCAAUGUUGUCAAUUUGGACUCUCCAAGCAGCAAAGGUGACAGGAUAGAGACCAUCACCCAGCCCAUGCCCCAGAGUCCUGGAGCGGGCCACAGGAGUCUCGGCUCACCUCUCCCGGGCGUCUCCACAUCCAGACAGGAGCAAAACCCCCACAGGUAUCCUUGUGGUCCGAGCGCAAGCACAGGGGACAUUCACGGAAACAGAUCCUUUACACCGAUGACGUUUAAGGAGCACCUGGAAAACAUUCACUCUGAACCUCUUUUCCGAAAAUAUUUUCAGCAAAGCAACCCCCAUCUCCACAGACCAGGGACCUCAGUUUUCAUGGCUCGUGGCCCUCACCCUCACACCUCCAAGUACUACGUCACGAAUGAGCGAGAUUUUCAUAAAAAAUCCCAUCCAGCCUUCUGGCCAGAAAGACCCCCCAGGAGAGAUGCCUCAGGUGACGUGGUGGCGAUGUACUCCAGGAACGUGCGACGAUAUGUGCCCUGGCCCCCUUGCCAGGCUCACUCUCCACAGCUGAGUGAGGAAGAGGAGGAGAUGCUGAGGAGAGACUGGAGCAAGAAGUCUCUGCACCCACUUUCCCUUACAGACCUCCGCUGGGCACCUCAUUUCUACGUGGGUGAAAUGUCAGGCAGUCAGAGCCUGGCUCCCGAAGGUCAAAGCAGGAGGCAUUGCAAGUCUUGGAAUGAUGGUUUUGAGGGUCCCCUGGACAGGCCAAUGUAUGUGCACAAAAAGCCCCGGCCCCGGCAUGCCCAGCACCCACGACACCCCUUGAAAGCCAGAGCCAAGCCCAGGUUUGAACCGUCCCUCACAGAAUCGGAUUCCAUGUCAGCGGCCUCCAGCAGUGACCAGCAGAACAGCAGUACUGACCAGUACCUGCAGGUCAUCCACCGCCAGGCCAGGAUGCCCAGGUCUGCGGGCCACCUGGGCAGGAGGAAGGCCAAAUCCAGACAGAACUUGAGUGACCUGGUUUGUUCCAACGUGUAA